GAAUGGUUCACAGAAGACUGUAAGUUCAGGGAACGCUUCCAGGAGAACAGCUACAACACUUACGCCUCAGUAAUCCACAGAAACCACAGGACUGGUCGCGAGUGGUUCGUGGCCCUCAAUAAAAGAGGAAAAGCCAAAAUGGGCUCCAGCCCGCGGGUCAAAUCCCAGCACGUCUCCACGCACUUCCUGCCCAGAGUCGGCCUCCACGACAAGACCGAGCGAGGCUUCACCAUCACGGACAGGAGCAAAGAACGGAGGAAAACCCCGCUGCCGCCGCCACCACCAGCAGCCGCCAAAUCUGCCCCACCAAAGGCAAGCGUCCACACAGGAACAGCGCCAAGACGGACGCAAGUCAAGUACUGGCCCAAGUACAGGUUUGGAUAG